AUGCCGGCAUCGAACGCAGCAGCGCCCUCGCCUUCGCCGGCGCCGGCGGCUUCAACGAGCCAGGCUUCUGCGGCCGCCUCAGCCACAGAAAAACCGUCGUCCUCGUCUCACGCCGAGUCUUCCCCGAGUGCGCCGGCCUCCGGCACGCCGACCACGUCGGCUUCUGCGUCUGCCUCGACUGUCUCGCCCUCUCCCUCUGCAGGCGGUGCGUCGACUCCUGGCUUGAUCGCAACCUCCACGAUUGCGCGGAAACGCUUGGCGCAGGAGCGCGCGGCGUGGCGCAGAGAUCACCCCCCGGGGUUUUCUGCGAAAUAUGCGCCCAUGGCGGAUGGAAAGGGUGGUCAGGACAUCAUGAAGUGGCAGUGCAAAAUUCCAGGGAAAAAAGGCAGCAUUUGGGAGGGCGGCGAGUAUCUGCUGACCAUGGACUUCAGCGAGGAGUACCCCAGCAAGCCGCCAAAGUGCAAGUUCAACCCUGUCCUCUUCCACCCCAACAUCUACCCUUCCGGCACGGUCUGUCUCUCAAUUCUGAACGAAGACGAGGACUGGAAGCCCUCAAUCACCAUCAAGCAGAUUCUGUUGGGAAUUCAGGAUCUCCUGGACGACCCGAAUCCGAACUCGCCAGCUCAGGCCGAGCCGUACAUGCUUUUCUGUCAGAACCGCGAGGAGUACAACCGCCGCGUCAAGCAACAGGCGCUCAAUAUGCGGCCGAGAGACUGA